AUGACAGGAAGCAACUUAGAAGAGGAAGUAUCCAUUUUGCCUAACAAGUGGAAGACACAGCCUAUCAUGUGGUCUUUGAUAAGUACCAGCCCAUGGGACCCUAUCCAGACUGGGUGUUACUUGUACCAUCCUACACUACAGUCAUAUUUCACUGCCCUGUUCUAUUUCCUCAGACAAGAUGAAGACACACCUCACCCUGUCAUUGGAAGCCUGCCCCAACUUCUAAGAGAAGUUUAUGAUCAUGGCCAAACCAUAUGGCUCCUGACAGGGAUAUUUGUGUUUGGAAUUGCCACUGAAAAAGUCACCAACAUACUGAAACCACACUUUGAUUUUAUACCAUCCAAAGAUAUAAAACAGGAAAUCCUCAAAUGCUUUAGAAGUUUGAGUCAAGCAGAGUGCAGUGAGAAACUGAUGAAUACCCAGAGUUUGUUUGAGAGUCUACUUGACAACCAGGAAGAAAGCUUUGAAACAGAAGUGAUGGAUCUAUUUGAAGAAAUGACUGUUGAUAUUAGUAAUGUUGAUGCAUUGUUGGUGGCUACACAUGGUCUGCUGAAAUCUCAAAAAUUAAAGAAACUUCAUCUGCAUAUACAACACAAAGUUUUUUCAGAAAUCUAUAACCCCGAAGACGGUGACUUAGAAGAAUUUGAAUACAACAAAAAAAAGGCAAUAAAAUAUUGGAGUAUGUUGUGCAAAAUUUUCCAGGACUUGCAGGUGUUGGAUCUGGACUGCUGUAAUUUCAAUGAAACUGCCAUUAGGCGUCUCUGUGACUCAAUGUAUCCAUCUUCUAAAGAUCCUCUGACUGCAUUUAAGCUUCAAAGCUUGUCGUGUCCCUUCAUGACUAACUUUGGAGAUGGUGCAUUAUUUCACACGAUUCUUCUACUACCUCACCUGAAAUCCGUGAACCUAUAUGGCACCAAUCUCUCCAAUGACGCGGUUGAGAAUAUGUGCUCUGUGCUGAAAUGCCCAGCAUGCAGAGUGGAGGAGCUACUGUUGGGGAAAUGUGACAUCUCAAGUGAGGCUUGUGGCAUGAUUGCUACUUCUCUAACCUACUGCAAGGUGAAACAUCUCUCGUUGGUUGAAAAUCCCUUGAAGAACAAAGGAGUGAUGUUACUGUGUGAAAUCCUGAAGCAUCCAAGCUGUGUCCUGGAGACACUGAUGUUGUCACGUUGCUGUCUCAACUUCAAUGCCUGUUGCCAUCUCUAUGAAGUCCUGUUGUGCAACAAAUACCUCUCUCUUCUUGACCUGAGUUCAAAUGUCCUGGAAGAUUUUGGAGUGAACAUUCUGUGUGAAGCUUUGAAGGACCCAAAGUGCACCCUUCAGGAGUUAUGGUUGUCUAGUUGCUUUCUCACUUCAAACUGCUGUGGGGGCAUCUCUGCUGUCCUUACUAGCAAUAAAAAUCUAAAGACCCUGAAACUGGGCAAGAAUAACAUAGAAGACGCGGGCAUCAAGCAGUUAUGUGAGGCUCUGAGGAAUCCUAAUUGUAAACUGCAGUGUCUUGGGUUAGACAUGAAUGACUUCAAAACUGACUGCUGUGCAGACCUUGCCUCAGCUCUCACCACGUGCAAAACACUGACUAGCCUGAACCUCGACUGGAUAACCUUCGACCACGAUGGGCUGCAGCUGCUGUGUGAGGCUUUGAGUCACAAAAGUUGUAAUUUGAAGGUGCUGGGACUGGACAAAUCUGCAUUGACUAAGGAGUCACAGAUGCUACUGCAAGCUGUGGAAACGAAGGGAAAACUGGAUAUCUUACAUUGUCCCUGGGUCAAAGAGGAAAGCGAGAGGAGGGGUGUCCGUCUGGUAUGGAACAGCACGAACUGA